CAUUUCGCACACUUAUUCCAAAACUGUCACUAUCCAAAAUUUCGUAAUAUCGAGAUAAUAACGCCAUCAGUUGAUCAAUUUCUAACUAAAAAGAGCCGCAUUGACACUUUCUUAAAAAUGCCAAAAACUACUGCUAGAUGGCAGUAGUCUCUUUUGCCACUAAACAAAAUUCCCCACCCCGCGCAGUGCUAGACUGACGCUUAACACGAAAACACGUGUCGCCCGUACCAGAAUAGACCGUUGUUGAGCGACAAACCGACACUUUGGUCAUUAAGUCAGUUUUUCGGUGCCAUCAUUGGUUUUUUUUAAAAUGCAUCGAAGAGACAAAUUGUUGAAACUCGCUCUGGAUCUUCAGGCAGAAAAUAGCGCAGAACCAUCGACCUCGCAGAAAUCUCGCAGGGUAAGCUGCUCAUCUUCUCAGAGUUCAUCUUCCUCGAGCAGUUCUUCGUCUUCAAGUAGCGCUGCUUCUACAAUUGGCUCCUAUGUUUCGGGGUCAAUAAAAUCUUCAGAUAACAUUUACCGUCCCAUCGCCAAUUCACUAAUACAAAGAAAAGUAUUUGAAUCUUUGCCAAGCACAUCUAAUCUACAAAAACAUGUAACUAAUCAAACUGAAUUACCAAGACAAAGAUCAUUAAGCACCGGUUCUAGGUCUUCUACCCUUUCUUCAAGAGCAGGUGAUUUUUCACCUGACGAUAAUGAUUCUGAUUAUAACCCUGUCCCUGAUAGAAUUAUCGAUGAAAGCUCUGACAACGAGCAAGAAAAUUUAAUAAUAUUACCACCAAAGAAAAAACGGAAGGGUAUUAUAAAUUCUAAAAAGCUAAUAGCUAAACAAUUACGUAAUUCAGGCAAAGAAUACGUUUCUUUAUCAAAAUCAAAAAAAAAUGUGCCCCAGAGAAGCAUGGGACCGCCUUGUUCAGAACGAUGUCGUUUGAAAUGUUUCGAUAAAAUUAAUGAUGGUGACAGAACGAUUAUUUUUGGUUUAUAUUGGGCAAUGGGUUGUGUUACUCGACAACGGGAUUUUAUCAGUAAGAACUUGACUGUUAUCAAACCAAAGUAUAGUUACAAAAAAGAAAAUAGCAAUCGUAAACCAAAGCAUGGUUUCCACCUAACAGUAAAUGGUAAACAAAUACGGGUGUGCAAAAUAUUCUUCAAAAACACUCUGGGGAUUAAUGAUAGACCUAUCAGAACUGUCUUAGAGAAGUUGUGUGAUAGCGGAAUGGUAGAAUCUGACAAAAGAGGCAAACACGGAAAUCAAGUAAAAGUUGUUGAUGAAGUGAUACAGGGUAUAAAAAGUCAUAUUGACUCCAUUCCUCGUAUAGAAAGCCACUACUUAAGAAAACAGACUAGUAGAGAGUACAUCGACGGAGGUAAAAGUUUAUCUGAUUUGUAUAGAGAUUAUAGAAAACUCUGUGAAGAAGAAGGAAAGCCAGCUGGCGAAAUACACACUUAUCGUAAGAUAUUUCACAAAGAUUACAAUAUCAGCUUUUUUAUUCCAAAAAAAGACAUGUGCGAGUUUUGUACAUCUUACGAAAAUAUGAGUCAAAUAGAAAAAGAAACUAACGAGUUGAAGUAUCUAGAACAUCACACAGAAAAAGAACUAAGUCGAAUUGAGAAAAAUGAAGACAAACAAAAGGGGCAAAAAAGUUACGUGGUUGCAUGUUAUGAUUUACAGGCGGUUUUACCGCUUCCUAUGGGUAAGACCUCAAGUUUUACUACAAAUCAAAGUUAAAUGUAUGUAACUUUACGAUUUGUGAACUUAACAAAGACAACAGUUAUUGUUAUGUUUGGAGUGAAGUAGAUGCUUUGAGAGGAGCCAAUGAAAUUGGCUCAUGCGUCUUAAAGUUUAUUACAGAAAAAUGUCAAACAGUCGAUGACCCGAAUUUGGAAAUUAUAUUUUAUUCUGACAAUUGUUGUGGUCAACAGAAAAAUCAAUUUAUGUUUAGCUUGUACAUGUAUGCUUUAGCUAAUUUGUCAAUUAAGAGCAUUACCCAUAAAUUUUUAAUAUCGGGCCACACUCAAAAUGAAAAUGAUAACGUUCAUUCUGUAAUAGAAAAAUCUGUUAAAAAAUUUCUUAAAUCAUCUCCAAUUUUCGUUCCUGACCAGUACAUUACUUUAAUACAGACGGCUAGAAAACGAGGUAAUUCAUACAAUGUCAACGCUAUGUCAUAUUCCGAUUUUUAUAAUUUAAAAGAUUUUGUUCAGCAAUGUGGCAUUAAGUUUAAUAAAAAUACUGAUGGAGAUGCAGUUA